AUGGCAGCCACAUCAAGUGUCUGUCUGGUAAUCAACUUUUUUGAUCAUUUGUACCUAUUGGCUGAUAAUAAAAUUGAAAUAGAUCAAGAAAUGUCAUCUUCUGUUGCUAAAAGGAAAACGGAUGAUAUUAUGAAAAUAAUAGAUCUAAGUAAUAGUAUGACUGAUAGUAGCAAGGAUAUUGAUAAUGAGAUGGAAGACCCUAGAAAUCAAGAAAAUAAAAAAUCAGAUGAAAAUGUUGACAAGAAAAUGUCUACAUUAAAAAACAACAAUAUCUACAAUAAUAAUGAUGAAUUAAAAAAAGAUGGGGAAAUAAUACCUUUUCAAAGUCAAAUAUAUAUUGGUAAUAGACGUUAUAAAGAACAAUCUUCACCGCCUUUUAAUAAAAGAGUUCGUGGUUUAUCCACAUCGAAUGGAAUGUAUUAUGAUUCAGGAAGAACAAGAGAUGAUCAAUAUUCUUAUUAUCAUAGAAAUGACUACCAUCCUGUUCCUCCCCCUUAUAUAGAUCAUCAUAUUCCAUAUGGAAGAGGAUUAUUAAAUAAUAAUAAUAAUAUGUCGAGGCGAUCUUCUAAUGCACCACCACCUUUACAAUCCGGAAGAUCAACAAUCCCACGUCCAUCAGAUAGAUUACGUAAUAGAUAUUAA